UGGUCAACACGUACCAGCUCCGCGAGGCCCUGCAGGCCGCGGCGGCGGGCCCGCACGCCUGCUCGCCGGCCAUGUCCACCCUCAUGGCCUUCAGCGCGCUCGUGCACGCCGCCGUGAACCGCAAGGUGCUGCAGUCCUCGCGGCCGCCGCCCCUCUACCUGCAGCGCCAGAGCUUCGACUUCAUCGUGGUGGGCGCGGGCGGCGCGGGCGCCGUCGUGGCCAACCGCCUCAGCGCCGCCCCCCACAGGUACUCCGUGCUGCUGCUGGAGGCGGGCGGCGAGGAGCCCUUCUCGCUGACGGACGAGCCCGGCAUCCACGACCACCUGCUGGGCACGGCCAUGGACUGGAACUUCACGACGGUGCCCGAGCCGCACAACUGCGGCGGUAAGGGCUGCGUGUACCCGCGGGGCAAGUCGCUGGGCGGCAGCACGGCCAUCAACUCCAUGAUGUACGUGCGCGGCAACACGCGCGACUUCGACGCCUGGCGCCAGGCCGGCAACGACGGCUGGGGCUGGAGCGACGUGCUGCCCUACUUCAAGCGCUUCGAGGACAACCGCGAGAUGCUGCUGUCCUUCAACAAGGAACUGCACUCCACGGGCGGCGCGCAGAGCUACCAGCGGUUCCCCACGGCCGACAUGAACGCCCACCUCAUGUUCCACGCGUUCGGCGACCUGGGCUACGGCCUCAACUACGGAGACGCGCUGACGGGCGACGACGAGCACCGCAAGGGCGUCUUCGUCGUGGAGUUCGCGUCGCGCGGCGCGCGCCGCGUCAGCACCAACAAGGCCUUCCUGGAGCCCAUCCGGAGGCAGCGGCCCAACCUGCGCGUCGUCCCGCGCGCCAGGGUCACGCGCAUCAUCCUGGACGGCAAGCGGAGGGCGCGCGGCGUGCAGUUCUCGGACGACGCGCUGGGCGGCAGCGGCGUGCCCAUCUCCGUGUUCGCCAGGAAGGAGGUCAUCGUGUGCGCCGGCGCCAUCGGCACGCCGCAGCUGCUGCUGCUGUCCGGCAUCGGCCCCAAGGACGCCCUGGACGCCGUGGGCAUCAAGCAGGAAGUGGACCUCCCCGUCGGCCGCAACCUGCAGGACCACCUGACGGGCGACCUCCUGGACCUGGUGCUCAGCAAGACGGCCAGUCUGCCCGCCAACGGCGACAUCCGGCCGUGGGUGGACGCGCAGCAGGAGUACAACGACCACCAGUCCGGGCCCAUGUCCACCGUCAACGUCAUGUCCGUGCAGGCCUUCGGGUGCAGCAACCACACCACGGACGACUGGCCAGACCUGCAGAUCACGCUGGGCCCCGCCAUCGACUCGGUGCAGUGCGCGUCCACGCUGGCGGACAAGGCCAAGUGCGCGGGGCUGGUGCGCGAUCGAAAGAACGGCUGCUUCAAGGGCUCGUACCCCUUCUACAACUCGGUGCUCAUCGCGGCGAGCAUCAUGCGGCCGCGCAGCCGCGGCAGCGUGUCGCUCUACUCCAAGGACCCCUUCGCCAAGCCGCGCAUCCACGUCAACUACCUGGCCGACCCCUACGACGUGGACGUCAUGGUGCAGGCGUACCGCCAGAUGAUGGCGCUGGCGGCCACGCCCACACUCGUCAAGGCGGGCUACCUCAUCAACACGACGCCGGCGGCGCCCUGCCGCCAGCACACCUUCGCGUCCGACGCCUACAUCGAGUGCAUGCUGCGACGCUACACGCGCACCAGCUACCACCCCUGCUGCACGGCCAAGAUGGGCCCCGCGGGCGAUGCCACGGCCGUGGUGGACGGCAGGCUGCGCGUGCGCGGCGUGGCCAACCUCCGCGUCGUGGACGCCUCCAUCAUGCCCACCCUCACCAGCGGCAACACGGCCGCGCCCACCGCCAUGAUCGCCGAGAAGGGCUCGCAGAUGAUCCUCGACGACUGGGCCCGGAAGUAACCACAUGCCAAACAAGACUAAAAAGCUCCA